AUGCAAAAAGACGAGCACUUGAAAUUAGCGAUAAAGAAGAAGAAGAAGAAGAAAAAAAAGAAUCGAGGGUUAAUAAAAGAAACAAACAAAAUAUUGCGAAUCUUGGUCUUUAAAACUGUCAUUGGUUUUGUAAUAUACUGUAUUUGUGCAGGUUUACAACUACAUAACGGUGCAAUGACACUGCAAGUGAUGAAUCAAUUUUUGAUACUUAUAGUAAACUACUUGAGAUUAUUUUUAUUUGCUGAAAGUGCUGAAAACCUAGAAUCUACUAGUACUAACGUACAAAUGGCAGUAUAUUCAACAAAAUGGUAUCAUGAAUCUCCAAAAAUUACCACGAAUUCAAAAGUUUUUAUCAUGCAAAGAUGUCAAAAAAUACCCCGGAUCUACGUUAAUGGUUUCAUGUCUGCUUUAAACAGGAACUAUUUGGGAAAAAUGAUUUACGUAACCUUCUCGUACUUUAUGACGGUACGACAAAUUGUAAAAGUUAAGGUGGACCAUUUCAGUCAGAAAGAUAUACAAAAUAUUUAA